AUGGCGAGCGCCGGCGCAUCGUCUAUCUCGGUCACGGUGCGCGUGCGCCCCUUCACCAUCCGCGAAGCUGCACAGCUCACCAAGACGGACGACUCGACGCUAUUCCUCGGAGAUGGCUCGCUCGCUGCUGCGCCCACGCCGCGCCUGAGCUCCAAGGGCAUACGGCCCGUCAUCAAGGUGCUCGACGAGCGAUGCCUCAUCUUCGACCCGCCAGAGGACAACCCUGUGCACAGAGUCGGCCGCUCUUAUGCGCCCCAGGGCAAGCGCGUCAAGGACCAGACAUUCGCUUUCGACCGCGUCUUCGACGACACCACGUCCCAGGCCGACAUCUACGAGUCGACCGCCAAGCCCCUGCUCGACAACGUCCUGGACGGUUACAAUGCAACCGUCUUUGCAUACGGUGCUACGGGCUGUGGAAAGACACAUACCAUCACGGGAACAUCGAGCGACCCGGGCAUCAUCUUCCUCACAAUGCAGGAACUCUUCGAGAAGAUCAACGAGCGCCAGGGCGAGAAGGUCACAGAGGUCACACUGUCCUACCUGGAGAUCUACAACGAGACCAUCCGCGAUCUGCUCGUCGAGGGCGGCAGCAAGACAUCGUUGAUGCUGCGAGAAGACUCCAACCAAGCCGUCUCCGUCGCCGGGCUCUCCAGCCAUCGCCCCUCAGAUGUCAACGAGGUCAUGGAAAUGAUUGUCCGCGGCAACGACCUCCGCACAAUGUCCCCCACCGAAGCCAACGCAACCUCCUCUCGAUCGCACGCCGUCCUGCAGAUCAACGUCUCAUCGAAAGACCGAAACGCUUCGGUGAACGAACCACACACCAUGGCUACCCUCAGCAUCAUCGAUCUGGCGGGCAGCGAGCGCGCGAGCGCAACCAAGAACAGAGGUGCCCGUCUAACCGAAGGCGCAAACAUCAACAAGUCACUGCUGGCACUGGGAAGCUGCAUCAAUGCUCUCUGCGACGCGCGGAAACACAACCACAUCCCUUACCGAAACUCAAAGCUCACACGACUACUGAAGUUCUCGCUAGGUGGAAACUGCAAAACUGUCAUGAUUGUCUGCGUCAGCCCAUCCAGCGUCCACUUUGACGAGACCCAAAACACCCUGCGAUACGCCAACCGCGCGAAAAACAUCCAGACCAAAGUCACCAAGAAUGUUUUCAACGUAAAUCGCCACGUGAAGGACUACCUCAAGAAGAUUGACGAGCAGAGGGCGCUGAUUGACGAAUUGAUGAAGAAGCAAAAAGACUCUGACGGCGCAUCCCUGGCCAAGUUCCAGAAGCAAAACGAGAAGAAGGAGGGCGUCAUGAGAGAUGCGUUUAUACGGCUGAGGCAGGCCUACUCCGACUCCGAGACCGAUCGCCGGGACAGGCUGAAUACCAUGAGGACGUUGAAGUAUACCGAGAAGCGCAUCUCCCUCGUCUCUGCAUGGGUGGCAGCUUUCGACACGGUCAACGAGAUGCGCGAGAACGAAGAGAUGCCCUCGCAAGUUGUCGCAAUGAGAGACACAGCAAUCGGCAUCUCUGCAGAACUCGAGCAAUCGAGACAACAUCACCACAGACGACUCGAGCGGUCGACAUGGGCAUCAAAAAUCGACACUGCCCUCAGCUUCGGACUGAGGCAACUCACCGAGCUUGACGGAACCGCCGACGGGCCUGAUGCGGCAAACUUGAGCAGGGAAUACCAGAUUCUGAAGUCCAACGCAGAGCGAGAAGUAUUGAGUGUGUUGUUGGAGCAAGAGAGAGGUGGUGACGCAGCAACCGUGCAGGUUCUGGUCCAAGCGCAUAUCGAGACGGUGGCCAUCUUGGGCCAGAUCACACAGAUGGACGAAGCCCAAGCAGUGGAAACCGCCAGAAAGCUUCUCACCAAGAUCAUGAACGCGUGCACCAGCGCCACAGCCCAGGUCAUCCGCCCCGAUGGCGGUCUACCUGUUACAGAGUUCUUCGCGCCCAGUCACAGAGGCACACCAAAACGGCGGAAACCAGUGAAUGUCAUGGAACCUUCUCCUGUGAAAUCGAUUCCCAUGCCAUCCUUCGCAGACGCACCGCACCUGACCUCAUCACCUAUGAAAGCUUCACCACGACGCAAGAAGAUGGUUGCCGUCAAGAAGGGCGUUCAGUUCUCGCCAGUCAAGAAGAGGCCAACGUCGCCCUCCAAGGCCAAGCGAGGUGUUCGAUGGCGCGAUGACAACGAGAACGGUACUCUGGCAGACUUCAAGACGCCAGAGCACGUCGAAUCGACACCAACAAGCUCUUCAGUUGAGAUGCCCCCUCCGACAUUCUCAGCCUACGUUCCUGAGCCAGUAGUCAAGGAGCCCGGCUCAUCCCCCAUCCCCGCACCACCCACAACCUCCAUGGACAUGAAGCCUCGCUCUGGCUCCAGCCGCUUCGCAGCCGGUUUCCUCACGAAGAAGUCUGAUGGAUCACCCAUGCCCGUCAGGAGCGCCUAUGGCUCAGACUCCGAUACCUCUCCUCUCCGUGAGAUCGGCACCAACACCGUCAGAUCUUCCGCACUCAGUAACGUUGAGCUCACGUCAGAGGUGUCGACCUCUGCAAACGACAGCGGCAACAACUCUGCCGCUGAAGACGAUCACUGGUCCGUCGACCGCUCCGAGGCAAACCAGAUCCGCACAGCCAUCAAGCGUCGCUCUUCUACGACCAAAGCUGUGCCGAUGGGUAGAACGCAUCGCCAGCGCAGUCCCAGCAACACAUCGUCCAGCCCGCCCAACGAAAAUAGCAUCUCGGCCGGCGCAGCACGCCGCAUGGUCAAGAAUAACCACGAGGGCGAGUGGAAACCCAGCGUUCUGAGCCCUCGGUCUGCACCUAUAGUGAAGGGUGCUGCACGGCGGACAACCGUGGCAUCGUCAGGAGAGGAGCGCCCUGGGUCCGGCACACUGAACCGCGCACCCAUACGAGUUGUCAGCAACUCGUCAGUGAGAGGCAGUCUCGCACCAGGAGCUAAGGGUGUCUGGCGCUGA